AUGGGGAAGCGUCCAAGCACCGGCGGGCAAGCUCCCAAGCGCAAGGUGUCCAAGGGUGAUGUUGCAGUUGCGCCUCCAGUAGAGGACGCGGCUUCGGAACAUAGCUGGUGGCCUCACCUGCAGACCUUCAUGGACGAGGCGCUGAAGGAUGGGCGCCCUGCGGACGAGUACCUUUCAGAGCGGUUCCCAACAGAGGCCGCACGUCAGGAGUUGGCGCAGAAGCUGGAAGGGAACUUCCCAGCGCCCGUGCCGCUCAGCUCCGACUACAAGCCUGGCCUGAAACACUUUGCCGUUUGGCAGAUCUGCUGGAGCAAGCACGCCGGCCACAAAGGGUUUGUUGCCUCUCCAGAGUUGCGCACACUCGUGCAGUUGGUGCUUCUGCAUGGACCAAAGACUAAUGGCGCCGAGAUGGCAGGUGUGGAAUACAUGGUCUUGCAGCCACUCGUGAAAGAGUACUUCCCCUCUGGGUGGAGCACGGCCGUGCACCAGAACCAUCCUAAAGCCUAUGAGGCCCAAUCCGUGGCUUUUACGAAAGGCUGGACCAGAGGUCUAGCUUUCGUUCUGGCCGCUAUCUUCCUUAUGGACCAGGAAAUCCUUGAGGAUUACAAGUCCAAGCAGCCGGACCAGUUUGCCCGCUUCUGCCUCCUCCACGGCACAGUGACGCGGGAGUUCGGCAACGAGCUGGACCGAAUUGCAGCUAACAGAGACCUGACGAUGGCAAGUGUAGCUACGCGCUCCAAGCCCAACGCGUUCAAUGCUCUCCACCAGCUUCGACGACGAACCGUUCAAGGCCAAAGCCUUCAGGACAUACUUGGAGCCUACUCCAGCUCCAAGAACACGAGACAGAGCAUUCUAGGAAUGUCCCCUGCGGAGUCGGCAGCAGUGGUAAAUCUGGUGAACCACCUUCCGGAGGCAGCUGUGCAGCUGCUCGAAAACGCAGCCCGCCAAUUUGGUAUGUUCAAGGGCGCAUUCAAUCACCAAUUCCUCGCUGCCCCGGAACUACGACUUCAACACGAGCCCAAGGUCAUGGCCAACGAAUGGCGUGCCAUGCUCCGCAAUGAUGAGGAAAGCAUCCUUCUAGCUAUCCGGCGCAUCCUCUUCUCCUAUGAGAACAGCCCUCCCGGGCUCAGGAAGGCUGCCGGCCAGCCAGACGCAGCCCGUAUGUGUCGCAACGCACGUUGCUGGGUUCUUUGCAAAGAGAAGAUCCAAGGGAAGCUGCCAGACUCCUUGUUCCAGGUUGAGGCGCCUAACUUAGACAACAUGUUCUUCAAGGGAAGCUUCGACGAAUGGUUGGACCGCCUCUGCGAGGAAUGCCCAGCAGAAAUUGAUGUGUCAGAGACACCGGAAGUGAAGCUACUUAUGGCGCGGCACCAGGACAGUCUGCAGAAGGAGACAUUGAAGAAGUCCGAGGCUGUUCGGCACCAGGUUGCCAUUGCGACCUUCAGCAAAAUGAACCACGACUUGGAAGAGGAUCAGAAGGCGUUGGAGGAAUGGGCAAAAGCCGAGCGGGCUCGCAAGAGCAGUUGGGAGAAUGUGGUCUUGACGCACAAGCGCAAACGCUACGUUCGGGGGCAGAAGGCUGUCAAGCACUACACUGAUGUGUACUUGCGGAUUCGUCAGAGUGAGCUGAAGUUCACAGAGAUGCAGCUGGCUGAGUGGCGCGCAGCGGUGGAUGCAGCCAGUGGUGUAGCCUCGGACGCAAGGUCUCUCUUGGUGAUAUUGGAUCUUAGCGUGACCGCUACGAAUGCAGAGAUUGAUGACCUGGUUGACACGGCCUGCAACCUGCUACACCAGAAUGGCAAUCAUGUCCUGCUGCUCUACAAGCCAGCAAGGUAUGGGGGGCAGAGCGUGAAAUCUCAGCUGAGCUCCCAGCGGCGCGUGGAGGAUCGUCUCCUUGCAAACGGGGUCAACAUGGAGUGUGAGGUCAGCUUGGCCUAUGAGGUUGCUAACCGGCAUGGCAAUGAUCGGCGACCGCUUGGAGGAAGAGUGCAACUCUGCUUUAGCGAUAAAGCUGGGCAAGAGACUACGCCAAGGCUGCUGCAGGGAAAGGGGGCACAGGGAAGUAUCACGGAUAUCCCUCUACUUCGAGCUCGGGAAAUGCGAAGGUUGCAGCCACCAGGUGAACUUGGGGAUGGUACCGAGGGCUACAACCUGUCCCCCGCCGCCCGCUGUGCCCACCGAGGCUCUGCUGCUGCGGAGAAAAUGAUUCAAUGCUUGCUGCAGGAUUCGGGGCUGGAUUCAGGGAACAACCAUCUGGACAUCCUCGAGCUCACCACAAGCAACACGGGGGAUUGGAGCGAAGCUUGUUUCAGGAUGCAGCUGAAAAAGCCUACAGACACGAAGCUGCCCUUCAUCUACCACCUGGGCCUCACUCGUGAAUCUGAUGCUGAGAAAGCCGUUCAAUCCCACAUGGAAGCUCUGCUUAUGCAAGAAUGGUGGCCCCUUCAGCCAGACGCCGGUCCUGCUGAGCCAGCCAACGCCAUGGGGACAGAGAAGCCGGAUCUCAUCCUGGGAAGCUUUGUGGACGGACGCCCGCAAAUCUCGGAUUUGGUUGCAGGCAAGUUUGAUGAGGACCACGGUUUAUCCCGUGCUGGACAGCAACCUCCCCGCGACACAGGGCACGAGUUCCACUACAAGUUCAAGAAGCGGUUGUUUACCGUGAAAGCUACACGACAGCUGCCAGCCCUGCGCGUGACGAAAGACUUCGCCUUGUACGCAAGCAAAGAUGAAACCCUGCACAAGGGUUCCAGCCUGGAUCUGGAACCCUGCGAGCUGUUCGGCUUCAACCUGGGCGAUAUGGCAAAGUCAGGGCAGCCCAUGGACGAGAAGACCAGCCUAGCCUGGAACCUUGUGGAUGACAUGAGCAAAGUUCUCUUUACGAGCUCGGCAGCCAACACAGAGGAAGCCGCAAAGACACUCAUGACGAUUUGCGAGGUCCGUUGGGACAGCUUCAAGCAAGACAUCCCGGACUUGGGUGUGCAGGGCUACAUGACCACCCCAAUCAUGAAGAAGCUCCCUGAUGGGAGCGAGCAGGAGGCGUUCAUGCGAUGCUCACUUGAGAAGGACACGCAGAACUACAUUGCCUACCACCCACAUGCCGUGCCUGACAGCCAGAUCGCAUCCGGGCAGCUGAAGCGUGGGCUCCUGGGAGCAACGUUUGGUGGCUGCUAUGAGAAAAUCUUGGGGUGCCCCUACUUGGAGGUGGUCUGGGAAUGUGUCUUGCAAAAAACCUCUCCAGCCAUGAUCAAGCCGCUGAAGCCCAAGUGCUACCUUGCUUGCCACACAUCCCUUGAACCUGAGAAGUACUACAAAUUGUUUUGA